AUGGCCGGUUCCAUUCGCGAUGUCUACCAGUCUCUCUCGACCAUGGUCCAGUGCUCCAUUCAGGGAGGCUCGUGCUCGGCCGGCAGGCUCCACACGAAGGUCGACGGCGGCGCUCCCGCGGCGGAGGUCCAGGAUCUGUGGGCGGAGGAUAGGAGGCAGGUGGAGUCGGGCGCGUGGUGCAAGCGGACCAACGAAGACGGCGUCGACCUCAACAGGAACUGGGGAGACCAGCACCGGGACGCGGUGCACGACGUGCCUGGUGACGAGAUGAAUCCUGGGCCGCGGGGGUUCUCCGAGCCCGAGUCGCAGUUGCUGCAGGCGCUCGCCCAGGAGGAACGCCCCGACCUUUUCGUGAGCGUGCACUCUGGCGCGUACCUGCUGGGCACCCCGUACGGGUACACCCGGAGCAAGGUGCCCACGGGCGCCGCGGCGAUGGCCGAGCUCUUGGGGCCCAUCAGCAGGGACCACUGCGGAGGCGACUGCCCGUACGGCGACCUGGCGGAGCUGAUCCACUACGACAGCAUGGGCUGCGAUAUCGACUGGGUCAUGGAGCACGUGGGUACCCCAUACGUGUACACGUGGGAGAUCUACGUCGGCGACGCGAUCCGCCAGGGCUACAUCGAGCAG